AUGGCGAUCGAUAUGCCGCCCGCCAAAUUAAUCAUAGCCUACGCGCUCGAUUGGAUAUUAAUCAUUGCCAUUGCCGCAGUAGGUGGCGGAAUUUCUUACGUCAAACCAUACCAUCGGCCAUUUUCACUUCUCGAUCUUGCCAUCAGCUUCCCAUACGUCGAUCAUGAUGAGGUCUCGACAGUGACUCUCGUCGUUGUUUCCUUGAUUGUACCGGCUGUCAUCAUAGCCAUUGUCACUGCUUUGUUCGUUCCAGCCUUCUCGCGCUCCAGUAUCCGCGACCAACGUUAUUGGAAGCGCAAACUAUGGGAGUUCAACUCUGGUUGGAUGGGUCUUGGGCUUAGCUUCGCACUCGCCUUCUUCAUCACUACUGGAAUUAAGAACUUGAUUGGAAAACCACGACCAGAUUUGCUGGCAAGAUGUCAACCGGAUCUGAACGAUAUCGCAGCACAUGUUGUUGGUGGAUAUGGUCAGGAUAUCUCGCAAAGAUGGACACUGGUCAGCUCGUCUAUCUGCACGCAAACGAAUCAGAAGCAAUUGGAUGAGGGUUUCCGCAGCUUCCUCAGCGGCCACUCGUCAAUGUCUUGGUCUGGACUGCUCUACCUCUCACUUUGGUUGGCAUCGAAGUUCAACAUGCUGAUCCCCUAUCUUGGCCACAGUGCACCACCCAGACGCAACGACGAAGACGAGACCGAACAACAACCUAGGGAUCGCGCCGCCGCCCCACCAGUCUUUGGCGCCAUCAUAGUAUUGAUUCCCAUCUGCGUCGCCUUCUUCGUCUGCUCUACUCGCUACGUCGACUUCAAACACCAAGGCAUUGAUAUCUUUUCUGGUAGCGUGUUGGGAAUCAUAACUGCAUGGAUCGGUUUCCGCUGGUACCAUGGAAGCCUAACAAGGGGGCAGCCUUGGACGUGGAGUCCUAGAUCCAAGGAUCGUGCAUUUGCUGUCUCCAGUGGGACACAUGGCUGGAUCGGUGACGGAGUCGACGGAGUCGCGAUGAGGGAGAGGCCACAGAGGAUGCAAAGAACUAGGGAUAUCGACAUUGAGGCUGGUGGCUCUGGCGAUCCCAUUGUCAAAUGA